CACGGAAAUGGAUGUACGGACGCUGGAAUUCUACUGUUCCUUCUGGUCGUACCACGAAUCUCCAACAUUCUCCAUAUUUCUAUACUCGCCCAUGUUGGGGCUUUAAAACUUUUUUUAUGUUAACGUGGCAGUAUGUCAAAGUGAUUACAAAUGCUCACGUGCAUCAGCGAGUUGAGGAAGAUCUCUGAAUGAUCUAGGCAAUUUCGUCAUUAAAGUAAAAUAUGAGGGCCAUUUACGGUACCAAGUGAAAUGACUGUUUGGAGUCUUGUUUCUGCUUCUGAUCGACUAUUGGACUUCGUCCGAAGAACCUGCUCUGCUGCCUCUGCAUAUGCAAACUGGAAAAAUUACCUACACAAAGUGAUUGAAUGAAACAUGGGCUUUAUGAUUAUUUUGGAGUUUGUAGUAAGAUGCUUUUAUGUUGUUCCUUGGACUCUCUUUGCUUUGGUUUAUCCUCUAUAUGCUUCUAUACGGGCAAUUGAGACUGAUUCAAGCUCAGAUUUUAGGAAGUUGGUUGCAUAUUGGAUUUUAUUUUCUUUAACUUUCCUCUUUGAAGGUGCUUUUGUGAAGCUACUCGAAUGGCUACCACUUUUGUGGCCUUACAUUAAGCUGGUAAUCUUCUGCUGGUUGGUAUUGUCAAACUUCGAUGGCGCUUUCUAUGUUUACAAACACCUUCUUCAUCCGUGCAUCUCUUUGGAUGUUAAAGAUCUUAUCAACCAGUUCAAGGAGAAGAAGGAGUUCUUUUUCAACAGAAUUAAAGUUGUUACUGUGGAAAAAAGAUAUGUAAAAGAGAUUGGAGAUGAAGCUUUGCAUGAAAUUGUUGCUAACAAGUCAAAGGGCAGUGAGCACAUUAAUUUUGUGCAGAAAGACACAAAUGCCUCAGAAGUAACAGAGAAGAAGGAAGUGGCUACAGCCGAGCAGUCAAAGUGCGGAGAGCCCAUUAAUGUUGUCCAGAAAGAUAUGAAAGCUGUGGAAGUAGCAGAGAAAACAGAUAUGGCGACAGCCAAGCAGGUUAGUUUACCAGAGUUCUGUUUUUUGCUGUCCGAGAACAAGAAAUUUGAACCUGAGGAAAUUAAAAGAAUCUCAGCAACAGCGGCAGCCAGAAGUGAAGUCCCCGAAAUACCAGUCUCUUAGGAUGUCCAGCAGGAGUGGACUUGUAGUGUUUGUCAAGUUACAGCACAUAGUGAGGCAAUACUGAAGUCACAUAUUCAGGGAAGACGACACAGGGCACGUGAGGAGCAGCUGAAAGCAAAGAACCAGCCAUUGAAAAGCAAAGUUCCACCUGCUCCAGAGGAUAAGAAAUCUGAAGAUGGUGAAGUACCAACACAGAAGCCAUUGCAAGUUCAACAAGAUUACCUGACGAAUAAAUGGGUUGAGCUUAAAGAGUCUCUUUGGUGCUGCACCCUCUGCAAUGUAAGUUGCACUAAUAUGGAUAUCAUGUUUGGUCACCUUAAUGGGAAAAAGCAUUUGGCCCGGAUUCGACAAUCUAAUGGUCUUGUUGAUGGGCAUACCGCAUUCGAGCAAUGAGUUUUAAUGUGAUGGUAUGUAUCGGUAAUGCAUGAAUCCUAUUAAAUGUAGGUGUUAAUAUAAUGAUGUAUGACCAUAUAUGAAGAUUGUGUGAAUGGCUCUGUUUAGAGAUGAUCAUCGACAUUUUAAGUCUUGUGUAUUAUGUAUCUCUAAAGAACGGGGAAGUUGAUAA